CUCCAGCGGAAGAUCGGCCAGGGAACUCCCUAGUUUACAGAGAAAGCUAAGACGAACACGGGCUUCUACUAUCAUUGUUAUAAAUAAACUUGGAUGCUGACAUAAUGCAUAUAAACAGAAUAGCGUGAAAACUCUCCUCACAGUGGUUCCAAAAACAACAAGUAACAAGAUGGCGAUGGUUACAAGUGAAACAGGAGCGAACAGUACGGAAGUCACAAGAAUGGUAACUGACGUCACGACGCGUAGGGCAACUGAUUUCACGAAUACGUCAUUCAUGACGCUGCAACAACUGAACGACGCGGAGUUUUACCGUCGCCUGGCACCGGUUAUUUAUCUCGUGAUUCUCAUGGUCAUCGGUAUCCCUGGUAACCUCCUUGUGCUUGCUGUUUACUUUCGAUCCUUCUCCGGAUCUACUCACAGGACAUUCAUCUUAAGCCUGGCCGCUGUGGACUUGGUUAUCUGUCUGGUGUCACUGCCAUUUGAAAUUCUCGAAAUGAGAUUCCAGUACACAUUUUACAACGUGAUCGCGUGCAAAAUAUUCAGAGCAAACAAUAAUUUCUUAUCUCUUGGUUCAAUUUUCACGAUCGUCUGUAUGUCGAUCGACCGGUACAAACGGGUGUGUCGACCUUUACGACCGCAGAUGACCAAGCGCGUGAGUCUGUUCUCCUGUUUGGGAUGUCUGGUCGUGUCAUUUUUAUUUGCGUUGCCGAAUUUUGCCAUAAGUGGAAUCAGAAAAGUAACAUUAAAAUACAACAUCACUGGUUCAGACUGCUCUUUGUCAGAUCAAUUCGCGAAGACAAUAUACCCGAUUGCAUAUGGGGGUGUGUUGUUCAUCAUAUUUCUCAUAGUUAUCGUCCUUCUCAUUGUUGUGUACUCGCUAAUCGCUAGAAAGAUUUAUAAACACAGCAAGUUUCGUGAGCGUUUUCAAUCUUCCACAUACAGUGGUUCACUAACUCAAACAUCGUCAAUUUCUAAUCAUAGUAGAAAUCAGAGUAGUGAAAAAAACGGAAACAAAGAAAUGAGUUUACAAGAAGUUAAAUUUGUAAUGACGUCAUCAUCAGAAACACAAGAAUCUGAAACAACUUCUUCAAAUGGAACCACUAAACUAGGAACGGACGAAACUGAAGUGACGUCACCAGCAACGCAACCGGAAGUCACGAAAUCUACGACAAAGAACUUGGAUCGGUCCAUAAAGAAAAGUCCAACUAUACCGCAUGCUGAUAGGAAACGAACAGCAAAGAUAACGAGGAUAAGUUUUACGAUCAGUUUAGUGUUUGUUCUGAGUUAUCUCCCCCAUUUAGUACUCUCUUUGAUGACUGCAGUGAAGGGAGGAUUCGUCGCCAAACCAGGACCAAUCGUAUCGGCCGUACUUCCAAUUGUCACGCGCUCCAUAUUCAUCAACAACGUGGCCAAUCCUAUCAUCUAUGGCUUUCUAGAUCCAAAGUUUAGACAGAGCUGUAAAGAUGGAUUCAAAGCGGUGUUACAUACACGAUAAUCGUAUUCUCUUCAUUUCAGAAAUCGUUCUUUAUGUAGUGUGACACAAAACAGUCGAAAUUUCGACGGUACCUUCGGAUUUCAAGGCGGGGACAAAUAACGUUUAUAUUGUAUUGUCAAAUCAAAGCGAUGUAUUGUCUCUUCGUCAGCAAAAGGGGGAAUUGAAGGUAUUUACGAUAUAACCUGUGUUUUAACAUUUUUACUGAAUUCGUACAAACAUGUAGCACCCAGAGUCCACCAUGUCAAGCUUCUGCAAGACCAGUAGUCAAGGCUCUGUAAGACCAGUAGUCAAGCUUCUGUAAGACCAGUAGUCAAGGCUCUGUAAGACCAGUAGUCAAGCUUCUGUACGACCAGUAGUCAAGCUUCUGUACGACCAGUAGUCAAGGCUCUGUAAGACCAGUAGUCAGGCUUCAAGACAUUGAUGUCACUGAUCUCAGUUGUGGUGUCAGGAAGGUAUAAACUAUGAUAGACGGAAUUUAUAUUCGUGAACGUAUAUAAAGUUUGUAAGGAAUUAACGGACUCGUAGCAACAUGUUAUGUGAAGUGGAUGUACAACUCAUGACAAAAUAGAUACAUAAUGAGCUAUUAUCGUAUAGGAAAUUGUUUUUGGUUGGUUGAGAGUUCGUCUCCAUGGAAACCAACAUAUAUGUUAAUACAGAGUCUGUUGUGUUUACAAACCGUAUGUCUAUUCGGGUUCAUAAAUGUACAUAUAGUUAUAAACUCAGAAUGAAAGCAGUUCAAGUAAAUGUAGCGGGUGUCAUGCAAACAGUUUAAAGACUAUAAAUAAAAUGUUGGUAUCCACAUGUUCGUUUUGUUACAGUGUUUGUUGUCUUUGUAUGUGUUCUGUUGGUAUCCACAUGUUCGUUUUGUUACAGUGUUUGUUGUGUUUGUAUGUGUUCUGUUGGUAUCCACAUGUUCGUUUUGUUUCAGUGUUUGUUGUGUUUGUAUGUGUUCUGUUGGUAUCCACAUGUUCGUUUUGUUACAGUGUUUGUUGUGUUUGUAUGUGUUCUGUUGGUAUCCACAUGUUCGUUUUGUUACAGUGUUUGUAUGUCUUUGUAUGUGUUCUGUUGGUAUCCACAUGUUCGUUUUGUUACAGUGUUUGUUGUGUUUGUAUGUGUUCUGUUGGUAUCCACAUGUUCGUUUUGUUACAGUGUUUGUAUGUCUUUGUAUGUGUUCUGUUGGUAUCCACAUGUUCGUUUUGUUAGUGUUUGUGUUUGUAUGUGUUCUGUUGGUAUCCACAUGUUCGUUUUGUUACAGUGUUUGUUGUGUUUGUAUGUGUUCUGUUGGUAUCCACAUGUUCGUUUUGUUACAGUGUUUGUAUGUCUUUGUAUGUGUUCUGUUGGUAUCCACAUGUUCGUUUUGUUACAGUGUUUGUUGUGUUUGUAUGUGUUCUGUUGGUAUCCACAUGUUCGUUUUGUUACAGUGUUUGUUGUGUUUGUAUGUGUUCUGUUGGUAUCCACAUGUUCGUUUUGUUUCAGUGUUUGUUGUGUUUGUAUGUGUUCUGUUGGUAUCCACAUGUUCGUUUUGUUACAGUGUUUGUUGUGUUUGUAUGUGUUCUGUUGGUAUCCACAUGUUCGUUUUGUUACAGUGUUUGUUGUGUUUGUAUGUGUUCUGUUGGUAUCCACAUGUUCGUUUUGUUACAGUGUUUGUAUGUCUUUGUAUGUGUUCUGUUGGUAUCCACAUGUUCGUUUUGUUACAGUGUUUGUUGUGUUUGUAUGUGUUCUGUUGGUAUCCACAUGUUCGUUUUGUUACAGUGUUUGUUGUGUUUGUAUGUGUUCUGUUGGUAUCCACAUGUUCGUUUUGUUACAGUGUUUGUUGUGUUUGUAUGUGUUCUGUUGGUAUCCACAUGUUCGUUUUGUUACAGUGUUUGUAUGUCUUUGUAUGUGUUCUGUUGGUAUCCACAUGU